AUGAAGUACAGCGGGCUCUACUUCAUCCCCACCUCAACCAACUCACCCGCCGACUCCUCCACCACCUUGAACGCUCUGAUCCCCGCCCUCGAAUCCGCCUUCCACACCCUCUCCCGCACCACCCCAUGGUCGCUCACCUACCGCCUCUUCCGCGACACUCCACCGCGCUCCGACCCAUCCUCUGACACCCCGUCCUACGCACACACAUACCAGCACUUCCUGACGCUGUCGUCGCUCAGCCAGAACCGCGCAUACGUACACCUCGCGCCGCCGCCAUCCAGAGGCCCCGGCACCGUCGCAGCCCUACCCGCCCAGCAGAGCGAGGCACAGGCGCUGCUGCUGCGCAACCAGCUCGCCGCCCUCUGGAGCCCGCGACACACGCUGAGUGUCCAGAACGGCGCCACGUAUGCCGGCGGUCUCUUCACCGUGCAGAUUGGCGAGCUGCGCGCGCUGAGGGAGGGGCAGAGUGGCGGAGUCAGCAGCCCGGGGGUGCUCGUGUGCAUCAGCACAGUUGCCGGGAUCGAGGAGGGCGUUGCGGAAGGGAAUGGCGCUGCACACGGCGCUGCUGCUGAGGAGGACGAGGUGGACUUUGGAUUUGCGCAAGCUACUAUACGCGAGUUCUGGGAGAAGCUCAAGGAGGGAAGGGAUCUGGGGAGGAGUGAGGUGAAGGCGGUGCUCAUGGUGCCCAAGGGGCGUGGGUUAGGGGAAGAGGAAGAGGCUGCGGUCAGGAUGUGGUGUGAGGUUUUGAGAUUGAGAGGGUGA